AUGGAGAAAAAAAUGAGACGAAAAAGUCAGAAGUUUUAUCAAAAAUUGAUUGAUCCUGUGAAAACAUCUAAAGAUGAUCAGAAAGGGGUAGCAAUUCAAGUAUUGAAAGAUUUAGAAGAAAUGACAAGGAAAGUUCAUUUUCUCCAGUUGUGUCAAACUCACUUACAGAUGUUAUUAGCAGAAUUUAAUGGUAUUCAUCUACAGUAUUCCUAUAGUUUAUCAUUAAAUAUAGUAAAUGAGACAUUAUCAUUAAAACCUUAUCCAGAAAAUCCUUUACUACAGUUUCAGUAUAUGGUAGAUCCUAAUUCUAAUUGUGAGAUACAAGUUUUACAAGCUGGUGAAACUCAAGCCUUAAUGGCUUAUCUUUUUAUUACAUGUGCUAUAAGUAAUGGUUUUAUACACCAGUUUUUAUAUACUUAUAGAUAUUUCUUAUCAUCUGAUAGUCUAUUAAACUUUAUUAUAUAUCGAUAUACUGCAGCUUCAAGAUCCGAUUCCAAGGACCCUAGAAUUCAGUGUAUAAAACAGAGAGCUUUAGAUAUUCUCUAUUAUUGGAUGGAAGGUUUUUAUACCAUAGAUUUUCAGCAAAAUAAAACAUUGUUAUUCCGACUGGAACAGUUUUUCAUGACACAACUCUCUUAUAAUGAUGAUAAACAGGAAUCUAUCUCAGAACUUCUGCGACUUUGUUCCAAUGGUUAUAAAAUUAAAUUCAAUAAUUCUAAUGAUGAGAAAGAUGAAGGAGAAGCCACAUUAUAUUUAAAACUGGAAUCACCUAAGAAGGUAGAUAUUGAUUAUAAUCUUAUAAAACUGUAUUUUUGGAAUUCCUUCAAAUCAUUAACUAGAAGAUCACCAGCUAAACGAGUCCAAUCAUUUAAAGAUUUAACUAGUAUAACUAAAGCUUGUAAUAAUAAUGAUAUUGAUGAUGGAUUUUACCCCAGAAUAACAAAAAGAAAUGAUGCCUUUACAUUAUUAGAUUAUACACCACAAAUAUUAGUUGAACAGUUAACACUUAUUACUCAGGAAAUAUUUCAACAGUCACAUCCAAUACAAUAUUUAAAUUCUAAAGCUAAUGGAAUAUGUGUAGCUCUAUCAUUACCUGGUCUCUGUACACCAUCUAUGAUACGAAGAAGAGAGAGUGGAGGUGAAUCUAAAAAUCUAUUUCUUGGUCAAUGGAUGCCAAGUAAAAUAUUAGAUGAAUUGAUCAGUUUAUCACACAAUAUAUCACAAUGGGUUUCUGGUGAACUAGUAAGCUGUAGUAAUCCUAAGGCUCAGGUUCAACUACUGACUAAAUUUAUCAAUGUGGCACAGAUUAGUGAAGAAAUACGUAAUUAUUCUCUGUGUGUAUCAAUUAUUGAUGGUUUAGAAAAUGUGAUAGUAAGACAAUUACCAAUAUGGAGAAACAUCUCUUCUAAAUAUAUUUCAACAAUGGAGACAUUGUCGAAAAUGAAGUUGAAAUUAAAGAGUGAGCCAUUUUACUUAAUACAAGAUAGUAACUAUACUUUAUAUCCUACCAUACCAUAUACAUUAUACUUCUUACUACAUGUACAACAAAUAGAAAUGGGCAGUUUUACAUUAGCUAAUGGCUUCAUUAAAUGGACUAAAAUGAGAACUAUCUGCCAACUUAUCGAUCAAAUAAGAAUAUUUAGAUCUAAUGAAUAUGGUUUUGAACCAAAUUUUGAUAUUCAAGACAAUUUACUACAAAGAAUGGAAGAAUUUCUUCAUUUAGAUAUUCAAGCUAUAGCAUCACAAAAUGAUACCAAUUUUCGACGUAUGUCAACUGGUGGUUUACAGUCUGUUCUACGCAAGAUGAAAGAUAAACUCGGUAAACCAUAAAAACUUGUGAUGAGUUUAUCUUUAAGACUGGACUUGUGAUUAGUGUAAUUCGGACUAUUAAGUCAUGAAGGAAAAAUCAUGGGAAUCAAUUCUCUGUAAACAAUUAUAGUAAAUAAGUUUGACAUUUGAUUAUUUGUUAAUAGAUAUUUGAAGUGCUGUUAUCCCUUUAUUAUCAAAUGACAUAUAUGCUAUAUCUUUGUAAUUCAAUUUAUUAACUGGAAUAAUGUGGUCAUGAGUUGAAAUUUAGUGUGAAAUAAAUAACAAUGAUCUGAUAAAUACGUGCUGUAUAAUGUGGUCAUGGGUUGAGAUUUAGCGUGAAAUACAUAAAAAUGAUCUGAUAUUUACGUGCUGUAUAAUGUGGUCAUGGGUUGAGAUUUAGUGUGAAAUAAAUAACAAUGAUCUGAUAAAUACGUGCUGUAUAAUGUGGUCAUGAGUUGAGAUUUAGCGUGAAAUACAUAAAAAUGAUCUGAUAUUUAUGUGCUGUAUAUUGUGGUCAUGGGUUGAGAUUUAGCAUAAAAUACAUAAAAAUGAUCUGAUAUUUACUGCUGUAUAUAUAGAACUGGAAUAUGACUAUUGAUAUUAUUUGAGAUUUAUUUAUUUUUAUAUUGAAUUGUAUUUAAAGUAUUAUUUUGGAAUCUGUGAUAUUGUUUAUUUCUUGUGAUGACAUCUUUAUUGAUCUAUAUUGACUGAAUAAAAUCUAAGUCAUACAGAC